AUGAAACCGAAUUAUUGCAUUUAUUAUUGGAAAAACAAAUACCAAAUACCAAAUACCAAACUCUUCUUCCCAGGCUUUAAAAUUUUCAGAACCGAUCACCCUGAUAAAACAGCCCACUCUGGGACUGCUAUUAUAAUAUCUUCUAAAAUACAAUAUCAACUACUUCCAAGCGUUCAGCUUCCCACCAUCCAAUCGACAACUGUUCAGAUAACAUUAAACCACGUUCCUACCAAAAUCUCUUCAGUUUACCUUCCUCCUCACCUGGCCAUAUCCUCAAGACAACUAAAUAAAUUUUUAAAAUCCCUUGGUCAACAAUUUUUAGUGGGUGGCGAUUUUAAUGCUAAACACUCACAAUUGGGCUGCAUUUCAGAAAAUCAAAGAGGCAAAAUGCCCCAAAAAAUAACCAAAAAUACACCUUACAUAUUUAUAAGUUCAAAAGGCCCCACUUACUGGCCCCAACACCAUAACAGACACCCUGAUAUACUCGACUUCUUUUUAUCAUCACCAUCUAGACACAUAAAACAUUCUGUUAACAAUCUAAAUGACCUAAGUUCGGAUCACACCCCUAUCCUUUUAACUAUGAUUGCAUCAAUUGAACCAACUCCUCCACAUCCAUCAUUAUCUCAAGGUCCAAUCAAAUGA